CAGGUGGGGAUGCAACACCCGCGAUUUUCCGACUAUAUAAAGGCAGAUGCACCGUGGAUCCUUGGUGUCACGUAUCACUCGUCGUUUAAGGACGAAGGGACAGAAGUCCAAUUCGCACGAAGAAGUUUUUGCCAUGAAGACGAUCCUUAUCUUCGUAACAGUAAUAGUGGGAGCUUUUGCAGCGCCCCAAGUUAAUCCAAAUGAAAUCACGAUAAUAAAGCAGGAAGAACAAAACAACAUUGGAGUAGGUGGAUAUCACUUUAGUUAUGAACAGAGCGAUGGUCAAAAAAGAGAGGAAACUGCAGAAUUAAAAAAUGAGGGUACUGAUGAUGAAUCCCUCGAUGUUACUGGUAGCUUCUCCUUUACAGCACCCGAUGGUCAUACUUACAGGGUUGAUUACACCGCUGACAAGGAUGGAUUUCAUCCCACCAUCAAUCUUGUUUCGAAAUAAAAAAAAUGUAAGAUCUGAAAUUAUGCGCUAACCUUAUAUAGGACUUCCUGACUAUCGAUAUACGCUAAUAUAAGUGUAUCGUAUAUGUUUAAAUCGUAUGGCACGCUAUUCACUUCAUUUAAUAUGCAUGAUCAUUUUCUAUAUUAUUCGUGUAAUUAAUUUCUUUUGUUCAUUUUUAUAUACUUAACUAUCAUGUUUAUUUCUAUGAACGUUAAAUUUGCAAUGUGAAAAUAAUAAUGUUAAUAAAAAGAAUGUACAAAAUAAAAUAAUCAAUCGAUAAUCAAAUGUACUAAAUAUUUAAAUUAAAGAUUAAAUUUAAAAAAUAAAUUAUCAACAGAUUUAUGCAUUUUCUAACAAAAGAUUCAAUAGAAUGGAAAUAUAGAAAAAUUAAAUAAAAAAUAUAUAAUUAAAAUAAAAAAAUAUUUAUUAAAAUAAUGUUUAAUCUAAUUUUUAAAAUAAAAAAAGAUAAUAAAUGAAGAAAUAUUAAUAGAUAUUUAUUUAUACGUAAUAUAAAUAAUUAUGAUAUUAUACUUCUAGUUGUGAAAUGCGUGCCAAUGAAUAAACAAAUUAUUUCACAUAUAGUUCUGAGAAACUACUGGUAAAUAUAUUAAAUGAGGCGCUAGAAGUUUCAAUCACUAUCCAUUUUUAGUGAAGCGACGACCAAGCAUUUAUUUACGCAUUUUAGAAUUUGCGUAAAAAUGAGUAAUUUUUUUAUAAUUGUAUGUAUGUAACAAGAUAUAAAUUGAGCAAAUAAAUAUAUAUACAAAUUA